GGCUCCGCUCCCAAUACUGGCCUCUCUGCGAGGCAGCAGGACAGGAGUAGAGGAAGUGCGGCGUCUCCAUUCAUUCACCCGCAGGAUAGUGACUGGCGGCACACAGUCGCAGGGAGCUGAAGCGCUGGGUUAGCCUGGAAGACGCGGAGCCAUCUCUAUAAGGGCACCAUGGCCAAAAUGGAGGGUAAGACGUCACUGCUGGACAACAUGAUUGGUGUGGGGGACAUGGUUCUUUUAGAACCACUUGAUGAAGAAUCCUUUAUCAAUAACCUAAAAAAGCGUUUUGAUCACAGUGAAAUUUAUACCUACAUAGGCAGCGUGGUUAUAUCCAUAAACCCCUACAGGUCACUACCUGUUUACACACCGGACAAAGUGGAAGAAUACAGGAAUCGUAACUUUUAUGAAUUGAGUCCACAUAUUUACGCUCUUUCUGAUGAAGCAUAUCGUUCUCUAAGGGACCAAGACAAGGAUCAGUGUAUUCUCAUCACUGGUGAAAGUGGAGCAGGAAAAACAGAGGCAAGCAAGCUGGUUAUGUCUUAUGUAGCAGCUGUAUGUGGUAAGGGAGCUGAAGUUAACCAAGUGAAGGAACAACUCUUGCAGUCAAAUCCAGUCCUGGAAGCAUUUGGAAAUGCAAAAACUGUGAGGAAUGACAACUCUUCCAGAUUUGGCAAAUACAUGGAUAUUGAAUUUGAUUUCAAGGGAGACCCACUUGGUGGUGUUAUAAGCAACUAUCUCCUGGAAAAGUCCAGGGUUGUUAGACAGCCAAGGGGUGAAAGAAAUUUUCACAUCUUCUAUCAGUUGUUGUCUGGUGCUUCAGAGGAUCUACUAACCAAAUUAAAACUGGAACGGGACUUCAGCAAAUACAACUAUCUCAGCUUAGAUUCUGCAAAAGUGAAUGGAGUGGAUGAUGCAUCUAACUUCAGAACUGUUAGGAAUGCGAUGCAGAUUGUAGGCUUUAUGGAGCACGAAACACAGUCUGUUUUAGAAGUUAUAGCUGCAGUGCUAAAAUUGGGGAACAUUGAGUUCAAACCAGAAUCUCGUGUUAAUGGUCAGGAUGAAAGCAAAAUUAAAGACAAAAACGAGUUGAAAGAAAUCUGUGAGCUGACGGGCAUUGACCAGAGUGUGCUAGAACGAGCUUUCAGUUUCCGAACUGUGGAAGCCAAACAAGAGAAGGUCUCCACAACACUCAAUGUUGCUCAGGCCUACUAUGCACGUGACGCCCUGGCUAAAAACCUGUACAGCAGAUUGUUCUCCUGGCUUGUCAACCGGAUAAAUGAGAGCAUUAAGGCACAAAGUAAAGUACGAAAGAAGGUAAUGGGAGUCCUGGACAUUUACGGUUUUGAGAUUUUUGAGGAGAACAGUUUUGAGCAGUUUAUUAUCAACUACUGCAAUGAAAAGCUGCAACAGAUCUUCAUUGAACUGACUCUUAAAGAGGAACAGGAGGAAUAUAUACGUGAGGGAAUUGAGUGGACACACAUUGAAUACUUCAACAACGCCAUUAUAUGUGAUCUGAUUGAGAAUAACCAAAAUGGAAUCCUGGCCAUGUUAGACGAAGAAUGCUUGCGACCAGGCACGGUGACUGACGAGACUUUCUUGGAGAAGCUGAAUCAAAUUUGUGCCACUCAUCAGCAUUUUGAGAGCCGAAUGAGCAAGUCUUCUCGCUUCCUGAAUGACACGUCUCUACCACACAGCUGCUUCAGGAUUCAGCAUUAUGCUGGCAAGGUCAUGUACCAAGUAGAAGGGUUUGUUGAUAAGAACAAUGACCUUCUAUAUCGAGACCUUUCUCAAGCUAUGUGGAAAGCAAACAAUGGGCUUAUCAAAGAUAUGUUCCCAGAGGGUAACCCAGUCAAGAUUAACCUCAAGAGGCCACCAACUGCUGGUUCACAAUUUAAAGCUUCAGUAUCAACCCUGAUGAAGAACUUGCUUACAAAGAACCCUAACUAUAUCCGAUGCAUCAAGCCAAAUGACAAGAAGGCUGCCCAUAUCUUUAAUGAUGCCUUGGUGCGCCACCAAGUGAGUUACCUUGGCCUGUUAGAAAACGUCAGAGUGAGGAGGGCUGGUUAUGCCUUCAGGCAACCAUAUGAGCCUUGUCUGGAAAGAUACAAGAUGUUGUGUAAGCAGACAUGGCCACACUGGAAAGGUCCAGCAAGAGCUGGUGUGGAAGUGUUACUCAAUGACUUGGAAAUCUCUAAAGAGGAAUUUUCUUUUGGGAGAUCAAAAAUCUUUAUCCGUAACCCAAGAACGCUGUUCAAACUUGAAGAAUUGAGGAAGGAACGCUUAGAAGACCUUGCCACUCUAAUUCAGAAAAUCUACAGAGGAUGGAAGUGUCGCACUCAUUUCUUACUGAUGAAGAGGAGUCAGGUUGUUGUGGCUGCCUGGGUCAGGCGCUAUCUUCAACAGAAUAAGUACAAGCAGAUUAAAAGUUCCACCAUUGUGGUGCAGUCAUAUACCAGGGGGUGGAAGGCGCGGAAGAUCCUUCGGGAGCUGAAGUACCAGAAACUCUGCAAUGAAGCAGUUACAACAAUUGCAGCUUAUUGGCAUGGAACUCAGGCGAGAAGGGAACUGAGGCGACUGAAGGAAGAGGCUAGGAAUAAACAUGCUAUUGCUGUAAUAUGGGCUUACUGGCUUGGACUUAAGGCUCGGAGGGAAUUGAAACGCUUGAAGGAGGAGGCUAGGCGUAAGCAUGCAGUUGCAGUCAUUUGGGCUUACUGGCUUGGACUAAAGGUACGUAGAGAAUACAGGAAGUUUUUCCGUGCCAAUGCUGGAAAGAAGAUUUAUGAGUUCACAAUACAGAGAAUAAUGCAAAAGUACUUCUUGGAAAUGAAGAAUAAGGUUCCCUCAGUAUCUCCUAUAGACAACAACUGGCCAACAAGACCUUACCUCUUUUUGGAGGCAACACACAAGGAAAUGAAGAGGAUUUUCCAUCUGUGGAGGUGCAAAAAAUACAGGGAUCAGUUCACAGAACAGAAAAAGUUUAUUUAUGAUGAAAAACUGGAAGCAAGUGAACUCUUCAAGGAGAAGAAGUCUCUGUACCCUGCCAGUGUCGGACAGCCAUUCCAAGGCGAUUACUUGGAAAUCACCAAAAAUCCCAAAUAUAAAAAGCUAAGUGAUGCCAUUGAAGAUAAAAUAAUAAUUGCAGACACUGUGAGUAAAAUCAACCGAGCCAAUGGAAAGGGAUCAACAAGGAUUUUCUUAUUGACAAAGAGCAAUGUCAUUAUUGCUGACCACAAGUCAGGUCAGAUCAAGCUGGAAGUUCCUCUAGGCGAUGUCACCAAAGUCAGCAUGAGUUCCCAAAGUGAUGGCUUCUUUGCACUCCAUCUCAAAGAGGGUUCUGCAGCUGCUUCCAAGGGUGAUUUCCUCUUCAGCAAUGAUCAUUUGAUAGAGAUGGCUACCAAGCUUUAUCGAACUACCCUGAUGCAGACGAAGCAGAAGAUUAUUAUAGAGAUUGCAGAUGAGUUCUUGGUGCAGUUCAAGCAGGAUAAAGUAUGUGUGAAAUUCAUUCAAGGCACCCAGAAGAAUGGAAACAUUCCCACAUGCAAGCGGAAAAACAAUCGCCUUCUGGAAGUAGCUGUGCCCUAACAGUUCAGUCUUUACUCUAUGGACAUUUUCAGUUGUAACAGUGCAAUUUUUAAGGGUAUGGGGGUCAGCUUUUUUUAAUUAUAUUUGGAUUUGUGCCAAGAGAGGAUGAUAAUGUGCCUUCACAAUCUGAUAGAAAUGAUCUUAAGAACAUUUUAAGCUUUUAUCCACAGUUUUAAGCAACUGUUUUAUCUACUACAGUUAAUCAAACUAGAACAUUUCUUACAGACAAAUAUGCAGUAAUCUGCCAUCUCUCAAACUGAGCCUUGAUUUCUUUGUGUCAUUGUGACAUGUGGAACCUCUACCUGAUGGAAUCUGCUGGUUCUGCUCCAGCUCUUAUUGGAGCCUAAUAGUUGUCCAUGAUGGCAGUAUAUUCAUAUGUCCUAAUUAUUCAAAAGGUUUUUUAUUAUUUUAGCCAAUUUAUAUCUGUAUUCCCACCUCUUGUAUUAAACAAAUGUCUCUGUAAUUAAAUAUAUAUAUAUAUAAUUUUUUUGUUUGCACAAAACCAAAAAGAUUUCUUUAGUUGAACCAAUGAAAAGUAACUAUUAAAUGGUAAAGGAACAUGAGGUAAAAUGGAUUGUGUUCUGCCUAGUGCAGGGUCUGAAUGGGUGGAGUUUGGCACAAGGGCUCUCUGUAGUCCAAGUCCAGCAGUCCCUCAAGGCCCUGCAGCACUAUAAUAUACGGUACAUUUUGUCCUGUGUGUUCCUUUAAAAGGUUGUCCAGCCUAAGAGGCAACAACCCCAGUGGUUUUAAAUAGUGCCCCUCUUACAUAAAAACACUCUCCUGUCUGCGGUUCAGCCAAGCCUAUGCUGUUGCCCCAUUCUUGGUGGGUUUUAUUCCCCACAAAACCAUGAAGUGGCCAGGUCCUAUGACUGGCUAGUCAUAGGUCUCUGUGCUCACAAAUCCUUGAAUGGCAUGACACUAGCGGUAGCAUGCCAUUCAAACAGGUGUGAACGCUGAGGCCUGUGAUUGGCCACAGCAGUCACAGGACCAGGCCACUGCCUGGUUCUAUGAGUGGUAGAAGUUGGCAGACAUGCAAUUUUUAUUUAUUUAUAUUUUUUUUUUUAUGCCACAGUUUACUAUCUGCCAGUCCUGGACAAAGUUUCAUCUCCUUCUUUGUAGCAUAUUAUUUUAAUAAUCACUAGUUGUACACGUUAUUUUGUGUGAAUAAUAUUGUGAGUAUGAAGGAAACUGGUAACUUGGAUGUGUUUACAACUGGAUACUGUAAUAAAAAAUGAGACCUAGUGUCAUUUUAUUGUGACCUGAUAUAGAAUUGCCCAUCUUGCUGCCCAUGGUUAUAUUACCUGGAAUUCGUAGCUAUACAACACCAUGUAAUGAGCCAUGGUAGUUGUCUCUUUAGUGGCUGCAUAGAGUUCUUGAAAACAUACUUAAUGAUGAUUUUAAUCACCAAAUUAUUUGUCAAGUUUCUGAUCAGCUUAAAAAUCACGUAAUGAGUAAUCAUUUUUUAUAUAUGCUGGUUUCAAACUGAUUUCAGUGGAUCUUAACAUAUACAGCCUUGCUGGACAUGUUCUGAUGUGUCUUCGUAAAUCAGAUCACUUGGUAAGAUGACCCUGCGCCUCUAAAAACAAUUCAUAGGCAGGGUCUCUAACCCCCUGGCACUUCCCAUCUGGCAAAAUUCCACAUGUGACAUAACAUUAACUAUUGCCUUUCAUAUUUCUGUUAUUGUAAUUAGGUUAAUUGGCUAUGAAGUGAGAAGGGAUUAUCGCUAUGUAAUGUGAUAAAUCCUAUUCAAUGUGCAAUAAUCAUUCACUUUGGUAUUUAUAUUUCACACUACUGUAAUGAAAUACUUGUGUAAGUAUAUUGCAAUGACUGACACGUAAUUUUUGUUGAUUGUGUAAAAUCUGUUCUUGUAAAUGGUGUCCGGUUUCCUGUAGAAGAAGACUAAAUGGUACAGAGGAGAUUUGCUGGUAUUAAUUUUUAUAAUGUUAUACUGUCUCAUUAUUAUGCUGCUCUCUAACUGUUUUUAAGCCCAUAUUUUUUGUUUUGUUUUUUAUUAGUCAUGAACUUAUAGAAGCUGCACACAAAAGGACCUGUCCUCUAGAUCUGCAUUAUGACGCAUUCUCUGUAAUUUACUGCAAUUAAUCUUCCAUAAACUAUAGAUAUAACAUGCAA